ACUAGACAAAUUAACAAAGCCAAAAAAGAAAGAGAACCCAAACUGCCUUUUUAUUCAGAAACCACCAAUGUCUCUCACUUUCCCUUCCACAUCCGUUUUCUUUGUUUCUUUAUCUCACUCUCCAAAACUCACCCACGCCAACCAUUUUUAUAUUUCGUUGCUCCAAAUCCAACCACCCCCGUUUUGAAUACCAUUCUCUCCGUAUUCGUUUUUGGUGUUUCGUGUUAGCUCUUGAUUUGUCUGCAUUUUUAUGUCCUAAAUUGCUUUCUGUAAAGAAACCCCCUUUACCUAAUCUCUUUCUAAUUUUGUAUUUAUUGGACUUGUAUGAGCUGGGGAGGGUUGUAAUCUAACUGGGUACUCUUUAUUAUGGCUCAGAACUUCACCUUGCUGUGAAAGAAUGUAUCUUGAAUGAUUCUCUGGCAGCUUCGUGAUGGAUCUUGGAGCUGUGAUUUCUAACAAUCCAAUCAAGAAGGAUUCUUGGAAGACAGUGUUGACUCUGGCAUAUCAGAGUUUGGGAGUUGUAUAUGGGGAUUUAAGCACUUCUCCUUUGUAUGUUUAUAAAAGUGCUUUUGCAGAGGAUAUUCGACAUUCAGAGACUAAUGAGGAGAUUUUUGGGGUCUUAUCUUUUGUAUUCUGGACAUUGACACUGAUACCGUUGGUAAAAUAUGUGUUUAUUGUGCUCAGAGCAGAUGAUAACGGUGAAGGUGGGACUUUUGCUUUGUAUUCACUGCUAUGCCGGCAUGCCAGGGUUAGCUCCUUGCCCAAUUGUCAGCUUGCAGAUGAGCAAUUGUCAGAGUACAAGAAAGAUGGGGUUGUAUCAAAUGAUAAGACUAUUGGGUUGAGGUUGAAGGCAACUUUAGAGAAGUACAAAGUAUUGCAAAGAGUGUUGCUUGUGUUGGCUCUGAUUGGGACUUGCAUGGUCAUUGGUGAUGGGGUGCUCACACCUGCAAUUUCUGUUUUUUCAGCUGUGUCUGGGGUGGAGCUUUCCACACACAAAAUGCAACACCGCUAUAUUGAAGUCCCAGUUUCUUGUGCAAUAUUGGUCUUCUUGUUUGCCCUCCAACAUUAUGGGACACACAAGGUGGGCUUCUUGUUUGCACCGGUAGUGGUUACAUGGCUUUUAUGCCUCAGCGCAAUUGGAGUGUAUAAUAUUGUCCACUGGAAUCCCCAUGUUUACCAAGCACUUUCCCCAUAUUACAUGUAUAAGUUUUUGAAGAAGACCCAAAAGGGAGGUUGGAUGUCCUUGGGUGGAAUCUUGCUUUGUAUAACAGGGUCAGAAGCUAUGUUUGCUGAUCUUGGACACUUUUCACAGCUGUCAAUCAAGAUUGCUUUCACUUUCAUGGUUUACCCAUCCUUAAUCCUGGCAUACAUGGGACAAGCUGCUUAUCAUUCAAAGCAUCAUGUCAUUGACAAUGAGGAAUACCAAAUUGGAUUCUACGCAUCUGUCCCUGGGAAAAUUAGAUGGCCUGUUCUGGGUAUAGCCAUACUUGCUGCGGUUGUGGGUAGUCAAGCUGUCAUCACUGGAACUUUCUCCAUUAUCAAACAGUGCUCGGCUUUGGGUUGCUUCCCCCGGGUCAAAAUUGUUCAUACAUCCUCCAAAAUACAUGGCCAGAUUUACAUUCCAGAGAUCAACUGGAUCUUGAUGAUGCUAUGCUUGGCUGUGACUCUUGGUUUUCAAGACACAAAACGCUUGGGCAAUGCUUCGGGUUUGGCGGUUAUAACAGUUAUGGUGGUUACUACAUGCCUAAUGUCCCUGGUUAUUGUCUUAUGCUGGCACAAAAAUAUCUUCUUAGCCAUUUGUUUCAUAUUCUUCUUUGGAUCCAUAGAAGCACUCUACUUCUCAGCAUCUCUUAUCAAAUUCCUUGAAGGGGCUUGGGUUCCCAUUGCACUUUCAUUCAUCUUUUUGAUGGUUAUGUAUGUUUGGCACUACGGGGCACUUAAGAAAUAUGAGUCUGAUGUUCAAAACAAGGUCUCCAUCAACUGGCUCCUCACUCUAGGUCCCAAUUUGGGAAUUGUUCGUGUUCCAGGAAUUGGCCUCAUGCAUACUGAGCUUGUUUCUGGGAUCCCAGCUAUUUUUUCUCACUUUGUCGCCAACCUUCCUGCUUUCCACCAGGUUGUGGUCUUUCUUUGCAUCAAGUCAGUCCCGGUGCCACAUGUUAAACCUGAGGAAAGGUUCCUGAUAGGAAGAGUUGGUCCAAAGGAGUACCGGCUCUAUAGAUGCAUUGCACGUUAUGGAUACAGGGAUUUUCACAAAGAUGACUUGGAAUUCGAAAAGGAUCUUGUUUGUAGUAUUGCAGAGUUCAUCCGGUCAGGGAGGCGAGAAUCUGUUAUUGGGAUAGAGGAUAUAGAAACAGAAACUGAUGAGAAAAUGACAGUUGUCGGGACUUCAUCAUCGAACCUAGAUGGCAUAAGAAUGUGUGAAGAUGGUGAAGAUUGUGCUGAAAUGGCAAGCACUUCAGACCUAAUGGAGAUAAAGUCCCUAGAGAAGCCUAGGAAGAGAGUGAGAUUUCUGGUCCCAGAAAGUCCAGAGAUUGACAUUGAUGCACAGGAGGAAUUGCAGGAGCUGAUGGAUGCAAGGGAGGCAGGACUCGCAUUCAUACUUGGGCACUCGUAUGUUAGGGCGAAGAAAGGAUCGGGUUUGAUGAAGAGAAUAGUGAUAAAUUUGGGGUAUGAUUUCUUGAGGAGGAACUCCAGAGGACCUUCUUAUGCGUUGAGCAUUCCUCAUGCAUCUACAUUAGAGGUGGGGAUGGUGUACCAUGUGUGAAAUACCAUGUUUGAAAAUGAGUAUACAGAACAGCUUAAUGUAUUCAGAGAAGUUUUUGUUCUAGUCAAAUAUUGUAUAUCAUAAUAGGCACAGAGCGUUUUCUGGCUUCCAAUGAAUUGCAGAGAUAUUGGUAGUUCUUAAGCAGGUAAGUGCUGAUGUACAGUGUUCAGUUUCCCCCGAAGUUUCUAUUUCUGGGUUUACUUCUUCUUCUUCUUCUUUUCAUUCUCUGUGGCUCACACCAAGAAUGGACUGGGGUCGGGUCAACAACAAUGCAAUCAUGUUAUGGGGAGCAACUCUUUGAGGAGAGUCUGUAAAGUUCAGAAUGUGUUCUUCAUUGCUCCUCGUCAUUGCCUUUGGCAAUAUUUCCAAGGAAAGGAAAUUAUCAAACAACAGGAAAACAAACAUUCCAGAGAGACAGAGCGAGAAAGAACACAUUAUAACUCCAAGCAAGAAGAGGGUAAACGCAAAAAGAGGUAGAUAAAACCUAAGAAAAAGAUAUCAAGUGGGGCAUUAGAUCAGAGGAAAAAUGUCAAGUAAUCAAAGUUUUAGUUUGUU